AUGGACGCGAUAACCAAGGAGGCCGCCAAGUACCGUCUGCCCGAGCGCGUGGUGCUGGGAAUGCGCGAUUUCUACCACUCGUACGCGAAUGCGGUUGCGUCCAGCGGGAUUGAGAAUGCAGAGCAGCUGUCUCUGCAAAUCAUGUCGACCGUCUUCGACAGAAUCAUGUUCCAACUCAAGGAUCGUCACCAGUUUGAAUCGCACCAUCUGGCCGUGCGCGAGCCGUAUGACUACUACGCCUUUGGGCAGAACUACGUGCGGCCCCUCAUUAACUACUCGCGAUCUUUCAUCGGCAAUGUGAAGAUUUUUGACAAGAUUCAAGCCGACCUUGAUGCUGGUCACAACGUCAUUCUGAUGACCAACCACCAGACAGAGGCGGACCCGGGUGUCAUUGCCCUCAUGCUCAAGAACAGCCACCCGCGCCUGGCCACCAGCAUUACGUACGUGGCGGGCGACCGGGUUGUCUUUGACCCCUUCUGCGUGCCCUUCAGCCUCGGCAGGAACCUGCUGUGCGUGCAUUCCAAGAAGCAUCUGAACGACGAGCCAGAGCUGGCAGAGCAGAAGCGAGCGGAGAAUCGAAAGACACUCAAAGUGAUGUCGAAGCUGUUCAAGAAGGGAGGCAACUUUGUCUGGAUCGCUCCCAGUGGUGGUCGCGACCGCAUCAACCCAGAUACCAACUACGUGCCUCCGGCGGCCUUUGACUCCUCGGCAGUGGCUCUCAUGCACCGGCUCACAUCAGAGUCGGGAAUCCCCAGCCACCUGCACCCCACCGCGCUCUACUCAUACGACAUCAUGCCGCCGCCCCGCACUCUGGAGAAGCAGCUGGGGGAGAAGCGAAUCAUUGGCUUCCACGGGGUGGCGCUGAGCGUGGGGGAGGAGGUGGACUUCGGUGCUGUGACUGCUGGGAUCGAGGACAGGAGGGAGGCUCAGGAGAAGUACAGCGACGCGCUGUUUGCUGCAGUGGAGGAGCAAUACGACCUGCUGGUGCAGGCGGUGCAGGAGAAAGGGUUAGAGGCUUCCACAGAUAAAGUCAAGCUGGAGCAGACAUGGCUGUAG